UGAGCGUUUAAAAAAUGCGCGCAUCGUUUGUUGCUCAGUGUAAGAUUAUUCACAUGUCAUAAGCUACAUUAGCGAACGUUUGAUCGAAAGAAGACGAAGAUUUUGUUUGGUGUACGCCUCUAAUAAGGAUAAUAGCACAGUGAUAUGUGUUCUAUUUUUUAAUAAAUCGCUAAAAAUAGUGUGUCGGAUCCUUUACGGUUUGAAUUAGGAUAUUGUGCAUUGUGGGCUGGCUUAUACUUAAUUGCAGCUAGCUUGGCAGUGUCUUACGCUAUUGAGGCCUAUAUAGCAGCAGGGUUCUUUGGAUUCUGUGCUAUGAUAGUUUACGGUAUAGAUGCGUUUUAUAAAUAUCAAGCGCUUAAAACAGGGCAAUUGGCUCAAGGAGAUAGGAUGAUUAGUAGACAGUCUACCACCACCGUUACUACACCAUCAGCCUACCCAUAAGAUACUUAAAAAAAUAUUUAUUCCCAGCUUUCAUACUUUUUACAUACAAAAAAGUUUGUAACUAUAGAAUUAUAUUAUUUAAAAAGCAACAUUUUAUGGUUAAAACAAAACAUACGAAGUUUUAUGGCUCAGAAAAUUUUUUCAUUGUUGUUUUUAAUGUUAUUAUCGUAAUCACCUAGAACAAGUAAUUAUAUUAUUAAGAAAUGUGUUCACUUAUUUAAUCAUUGUUACCACCAUGUAUAUUGUAAGUUGUUAAUACUUUUAUGUUUUUACAAUAGUGGCGUUAUGUAAAAUUGGAGGAGGUUUACUUAAUGUACCUAUAAUCUCGUUUCUAUGGCAAGUUAUACAUCGAAUAUUUUAUGUAUCUAUUUUUUUAUCUAAUUUGUUGUAAUAUUGACAAAGAAUCUACUUGAUGAAUUUACAGUUUCUCUUUAUAAAAUUUACUUUCUCUAUUCCUGUCGAUCAUACAGAAAACGAACCAUCAACGUAGUUCAAAUAGUUAAUGAGCAUAUCGUAUCAGGGAUCAGCAUUUGAUAGUUAUACAGGGUGAGUAAUUUUUUCGGCCAAUCGGAGAGUGUUUUAGUUUGUUGAAAAUAGCGAUAUUUCCAUAUGAUGUUUUGCAUGAAAAAAUGUCGUUUUAUGUUACGUAAUUACUACUGAAAAAUGUUCUCUAUCAAUUUUUACAACCAGUUAAAAUGCCGUUUUUACAACCGGUUAGAAAACAAUUUUCACAUACGUUACGUCAGAAUACAUAACAAUCUUAUGGUGUAAGAACAGUUCACUAAAUUAAAAAACUAUAAUAAUUCGCUCUGUGUACUUAAUACUAUAUCUUGUUUCCUGCCAAGGCGUGCAAUUCACAAUAAAAAUGUAGGUAUUCACGAAAACUAUUAAUAUAUUACUAUUUUGAGACAAAUAGUAACAUAAUGUAGUAAACUUGCGCAGGAAAAUUGUUGGAUAAUUACAUUUAUUUACAUAACAGGGUGCUUUCAAAUAGCACCAGAGUCAAAUUGAAACUUUUAAAAUUAUUAGACUGUAAUUAUUAACUUUUACUGGCUUUACUGGAAAUUAUUAAAUAACAUUUUUCUUAACACUCUAAGAUCUGCAACACGACAAUGCUCUUUGGAAAAAAGUAUUUUCAACGUUAUAUAAAAAACUAAAAAAAAUAUAAUGUCAGGAUGCAAAAUGGCUAGAUAAAAAUACCUCGUCUUGAAUAUGGUAUUUUGUUCAACUAUAUUUUAUACGUAUGUAAUUUGAAGCAAUAUACUUUUAUAUUAAACUUACCUCACUAAACACUAUUGUGGCAGGCUUUAUACGAAGGUUUCACGCAUAUGUAAAUGCACUGUAGGUAUUAAAUGUAUUAAUUAGAAUAGAAAGAUUGAAAUACGCAAUAAUCUAUCCGCCUUAUAACUGUUUUAUAUGUUAUACACAUUUUGUAUUACAAUUUUGAAGUAUGCUAAUGUGUAUAUAAUAUUACAUGAUCUGAAUGUCAAUAAAAUUGAUUUUUGGUCCGUA